CACACUCUCAUUGAACACUCACAGCCUCAUCCAAAUGACUCUCACUCUCUCUCUUCCCUUCUCAAACCUCUCUCUCUCCCUCUCCUCCCACCACCGCCUCAGACUCUCCCCAUUCCGGGCGGCCCAACAAAUCUCCGUCGACUCCCCACCACCCGAGCCGUCCUCACCCCGGCUCACCAAAACCGGAGUCAUCGUCAUUGGCGCCGGUCUAGCCGGUUUAGCCGCCGCCACCAAGCUCAGCUCCGAGAGCAUAAAUUUCCUCCUCCUCGAAGCUUCCGACGGCGUCGGCGGCCGAGUUCGGACCGACGCCGUCGAUGGCUUCCUUCUGGACCGCGGUUUCCAGAUCUUCAUCACGGCUUACCCCGAAGCCCAAAAACUCCUCGAUUACGAAACCCUAGACCUCCGCAGAUUCUACUCCGGCGCGAGGGUUUACUACGAUGGAAAAUUCCACACCGUAGCCGACCCAUUACGCCACUUCUCCGACUCCUUACAAACCCUAACCAACCCAAUUGGAACACUGUUGGACAAAUUGCUCAUCGCGUUGACCCAAAUUAGGGUUUUGACCAAAUCCGACGAUGAAAUUCUGUCCGCAGAUGAGAUUUCGACCAUUGACUUGUUGAGGAAUAUUGGGUUUUCGGAUUCAAUGGUUGAUCGAUUCUUUCGACCGUUCUUCGGCGGGAUUUUCUUUGACAGAGAGCUCGAGACGACGUCGAGGCUCUUCGAUUUCGUCUUCAAGUGUCUUGCUCUCGGCGACAAUACUAUUCCGGCGAAGGGAAUUUCAGCUAUCCCUGAGCAAUUAGCUGAAAAAUUGCCGGAAAAAUCGAUCCGUUUGAGUUCGAGAGUUGUUUCGAUCGAUUUGGAGUCGGAGUCAGCGACUGUGAGAUUAGAGAACGGUGAGGUUUUAAAGAGUGAGCUUGGAGUCAUAGUGGCAGUUGAAGAACCGGAAGCGGUUAAGCUUUUGGCGGGAAAGCUGAAGAGCGAACCGGUUCGGAGGAAAAAACCGGUUCGAAGUACGGUUUGUUUGUACUUCUCGGCGGAUCAGGGUCAGCUACCGGUUCAGGACCCGGUAUUGUUCCUUAACGGGUCGGGAAUAGGAAUUGUGAACAAUAUGUUUUUUGCAACAAAUGUGGCUCCUUCUUACGGUCCACCAGGGAAGGCUUUGGUAUCGGUUUCACUAAUUGGGUUGUUUGAUGAUGUGUGUGAUGAGGAUCUAACGGUUCAGGUUGUUCAAGAGCUUUCAGAUUGGUUUGAGAGUUCGAUGGUGGGGUCGUGGAAGCACUUGAGAACGUACAGGAUCGGGUUUGCACAGCCGAAUCAAAGCCCGCCCACGGAUUUGAAGAAGGACCCGAGAGUCGGGCCGGGUUUGUACUUGUGUGGUGAUCACCAAACUAGUGCUACAUUUGAUGGGGCUUUGGUGUCUGGGAGAAAAGCAGUUGAGGUUCUUUUAAGAAAUAGGGUGGUUCAACAAGUUUAAUUCCCCCAAUUUUUAAUAUUUGUUGUUAUUUGUGCGCUGUGAACCCAUUUUGUCCAAUACCCUUUAUUAUAUUUGUAUAUUAAUUAAUGGAUUGUGAUUGGCAAUAAUUUUAUUAUUUAUUUAUAUA